UCAACAACAACCACAGCUGCCCCAACAACAACCACAGCUGCCCCAACGACUACCACAGCUGCCCCAACAACUACCACAACUGCCCCAACAACUACCACCGCCGGACCAACAACCACUACUGCUGGACCGACAACAACCACAGCUGCCCCAACAACUACCACAGCUGGAACAACAACAACCACAGCUGGAACAACAACAACUAACGCUGCCCAAACGACUACCACAGCUGACCCAACAACUACCACAGCUGGAGCAACAACUACCACAACUGCCCCUACAACUACAACCGCCGGACCAACAACCACUACUGCUGUACAAACAACAACCACAGCUGGCCAAACUACCACAACAUUAAGCCCCACAACAACCACCGCUGGACCAACAACUACCACAGCUGGACCAACAACUACCACAGCUGGAUCAACAACAACCACAGCUGCCCCAACGACUACCGCAGCUGCCCCAACUACAACCACAGCUGCCCCAACAACUACCACAGCUACCCCAACAACUAUCACAGCUGGAUCAACAACUACCACAGCUGGAUCAACAACAACCACAGCUGCCCCAACGACUACCACACCUGCCCCAACAACAACCAAAGCUGGACAAACAACUACCACAGCUGGCCAAACUACCACAACAUUAAGCCCCACAACAACCACCGCUGGACCAACAACAACCGAAGCUGGAACAACAACUACCACAGCUGCCCCAACAACUACCAAAGCUACCCCAACAACUACCACAGCUGGAUCAACAACAACCACAGCUGCCCCAACGACUACCACACCUGCCCCAACAACAACCAAAGCUGGACAAACAACUACCACAGCUGGCCAAACUACCACAACAUUAAGCCCCACAACAACCACCGCUGGACCAACAACAACCGAAGCUGGAACAACAACUACCACAGCUGCCCCACCCAACUACCACUACAACAGGACCAACAACAACCACAGCUGGACGAACAACUACAACAUCUGGCCCAACUACCGCAACAUCAAGCCCCACAACAAACACAGCUGCCCCAACAACUACCACAGCUACCCUAGCAACAACCACCACUGGACCAACAACUUCCACACUGGAACAACAAAAACCACCGCUGCCCAAACGACUACCACAGCUGACCCAACAACUACAACCGCCGGACCAACAACCACUACUGCUGUACUAUCAACAACCACAGCUGCUACCCCAACAACUACCAAAGCUGGAUCAACAACUACCACAGCUGGAUCAACAACAAUCACAGCUGCCCCAACGACUACCACACCUGCCCCAACAACAACCAAAGCUGGACAAACAACUACCACAGCUGGCCAAACUACCACAACAUUAAGCCCCACAACAACCACCGCUGGACCAACAACAACCAAACCCAACUACCACUACAACGGGACCAACAACAACCACAGCUGGACGAACAACUACAACAUCUGGCCCAACUACCGCAACAUCAAGCCCCACAACAAACACAGCUGCCCCAACAACUACCACAGCUGCCCUAGCAACAACCACCACUGGACCAACAACUUCCACAGCUGGACCAACAACUACCACAGCUGGACCAACAAGUACCAAACUGGCCCAACAACACCCAAAGCCAACCCAACAACCAACACAUUUGCUGCAACAACUACCAGUGCCGGCCAAACUAUCACCACAGCUGGCUCAACAACUACCACAUCAAGGCCAACUACAACCACAUCUAGCCCAACAACUACCACAUCUACCCCAACUACAACCACAUCUAGCCCAACUACAACCACAGCUAGCCCAACAACUACCACAUCUACCCCAACUACAACCACAUCCAGCCCAACUACAACCACGUUGGACCAACAACUACCACAGCUGGACCAACUACAUCUGGCAAGACAACAACAUUUGUUCCAACAAAGACCACAGCUGGUCCAACAACUAACACAGCUGGACCAACAAUAA